GCUUUGGUAAUUACUCUCAUUUCAUACUUUCAAGUUGGUGACUCUAGUAAGAUAAAUUUCAAGAUUUGAGUCAAUUAAAAAUCGGCUCAAAACCGUUCUCCAAAAUGGGAAUCUACUAGAGUUUCAGAAUGACAACAUCAACUCAAAUUCAAGAGUUAAAGAAUAAGAAUGAAUUUUAGUAAAAUGUAAAGGACCAAAAAUAUACUUUUAGCGGAUGAAAAAAUGUAGGCAAUUCCUUCAUUCACUUCUAAGGUGUUCGAUGGACCAUCGAGAUAAUAAAUAUUUGGGUAAAGAAACAGCUUCAUAUUUCUAUAGAACUGAUGUUACAAAGAAACAGCUUAAUAUCUAUCAAGGAAUAUCUAUCUAUUUUACGAUCUAGUGGAAUUCUGAUCAAAUUUUCUGUUUUCAUCUCAGAUAACUUGAUCUUGACAGAAGAUCAUAAAACUGUUAAACUUGCAGAUUUUGGUCUAGCCAGAGAAGAGUCCUUAGCAGAGAUGAUGACUGCUGAGACAGGGACAUAUCGUUGGAUGGCUCCAGAACUUUACAGCACUGUCACUCUAAGACAAGGGGAGAAGAAACAUUACAACCAUAAGGUGGAUGUCUACAGUUUUGCUAUAGUGCUGUGGGAGCUCAUCCAUAAUAGGUUGCCUUUUGAAGGCAUGUCAAAUCUACAGGCUGCAUAUGCAGCUGCAUUUAAGAGUACAAGGCCGAGCGCUGAAGACCUCCCUGAUGAAUUGGCUCUGAUUGUGACUUCUUGUUGGAAAGAGGAACCAAAUGAUCGACCCAAUUUUAGUCAAAUAAUACAGAUGUUGCUUCGAUAUCUAAUUACCAUUUCCCCGGCCGAUCCAGUUGCUCCAAUGCGUAUUUCAUCAUCCAAAAAUGCUGUAUUGCCACCAGAAUCUCCAGGUACAAGUGCUUUAAUGGCUCGAAGAGAUGAUUCUGGCGAAACCCCGAAAGUUGAUAUUGAAGGCAGGUCUAAAGGGUGUUUCUUCUGCUUUAAUCAAUGUUACUGAUGACCACACGAUGCUGACAUAGAUGGGGCUGACCCAGAUCACGGUGUGGCAAUCUGAAUAAAUCCGUCACAAAAUGUUGCAAUUAGAAUUUUAACAAGAAAGCUUUUAUUCAAUGACGCAGGUUAGUUCACCUUCAUUCCAUGUUCUCAGUAAGAGUACGUAGCACGCCAUUCUCUUUUAACAUUGGGUUUACUCACUUCUAACCAACUGGGGUUGAGGCUGCUGAGAUGUAUUGUUGUACAAUAUGGUUCAUCCAAAGGUCUUCACCUCGUGCGUUAUGCUUAAUGUAUGGAAAUGACAUGGAUAACAAAUGAAAAUGGGGGAACAUUUUUAUCAGUGGGUUUAUGUAAUCCGUUUAUGGAACUUGGUAACCUUUUAGAUUUUCCUUGCA